AGGCUGGCUUCACAGGUUGCUUUGUGUUUUAGAAUGUCUGGAUGUGUUUAGACUAACACAGAGUUGUAUAGAUUGUAACUCUACUCUAGUGACCAAAAUAAAGACACUUCUGCGGCGCGUUUAUCAUAACCCUGUCAAUUUAACUCAUACUAUAUAUAUAUUUUUAUUUAUUUAUUUUUAUUUUUGUUAUGAAAUAGCCGCGUUUAUAUUUUAAAAAGUUAUAUCAAGCUCUGCUAAAUGCUUAAAAGAAAAAGGAUACAAAUUAAUUAAACGGCUGGUAUUGUUUUCUUUAAAAAAAAUACAUAGUGUGGAAAACGGAUUAAGGCAUACAUUUUACUCAAUUAAGUAACAGAUUUUUUUUUUUGUGUUCGUGCUUUUGUAUUUUAUUUUAAGGUUUCAGAAGCGUGUUUACUUCUGUGUGCUACACAGAACUGACACACACACACACACUCGCCCGCAGAUAUUUUUUUUAGAUUUGCUUGAAUCCUAAAAGAAGUGCAAAUGAUGAACCGAAACGGAAUGGUGUCAGAAAUCCAAACGCGAAUACGAACGGACCCUUUCAAAAACAACUACGAUUUGGUUGGCAAAGAGCUGGGAAGGGGGAAGUUUGCUGUUGUAAAGAAGUGUGUCGAAAAGGCAACGGGCAACGAGCAUGCGGCUAAAUUCUUACGGAAACGACGAAAGGGCGAGGACUGCCGAAUGGACAUCAUCAAUGAGAUAGCCAUCCUGGAAAUGGCAAAAUCCAACCCUUACGUGGUCGCCCUGCACGAAGUCUACGAGACGACUUCUGAGAUCAUACUGGUCCUGGAAUAUGCUGCUGGAGGUGAGAUCUUCAACCAGUGUGUGGCAGACAAUGAUGAGGCCUUCACAGAGAAAGACGUGAUCCGAUUGGUCAGGCAGAUUCUGCACGGCGUGGCCUUCCUGCAUCGCAGUAACGUGGUUCACCUCGAUCUCAAGCCUCAGAACAUCCUUCUGACCAGCGUCCGGCCUCUGGGGGACAUCAGGAUUGUGGACUUUGGCCUGUCCAGGAGGAUGGACAAUGUGAGAGAGGUCCGAGAGAUCUUGGGCACGCCUGAAUAUGUAGCUCCAGAAAUCUUAAACUACGAGCCAAUUCGUAUAGCGACAGACAUGUGGAGUAUCGGUGUGUUGACGUAUGUCAUGUUGACGGGAGAAUCUCCAUUCCUGGGCGACGACAAGCAGCAAACCUUUCUCAACAUCUCCCAGGUGAACGUCAACUACUCCCAGGAUGUGUUCGAGGGCGUCUCCGACCUGGCUGUGGACUUCAUCAAAUCUCUGCUCAUCAAAAACCCCAGAAAGAGGGCUACAGCUGAAGACUGCCUGAAACACCCUUGGCUGUGCCAGCACCCCACUAUCCUGGAGGCCCUGUCAGAGACAGAGGCCAGGCAGUCUGAAUCGGAGCCAGAGAGCCCUGAUUCAGCUGAGGAGCUGGUCCUGCAGGCCUCCUACACCAUCUGCACCUCCCAGAGUGACCUGCAGGUCUUCCGCAAGACCUUCAAAUUCGAAGAGUCCUUACCGGAGAUCCAGCAAGAACUGGUCUGCUGAUCUUUUCAGCAGUCAAAAAAGACAAAAUGUAAAUAAGAGUGAGCGUCAAGCUUCUCUGGACAAGUAGCCUUUCCAUAAGGUCAGGUGAGGUUGGACCCGGGAGCAAAUGUGGGACACCGUCUUGUGUUCCGAGAGUUCUGAUGGUGCCCAGCAAAACAGGACUGGAAUUUGAGUUGGACUUGGGAAAGCAGCUGUUUCUGUGUUUUCCUAAAAAACUAGACCUUUCUUGUUACCACAUGCAUCUUCCUGGGUUUUUAUGGGUCGUUCCCAUUUAUUGAAGUUUCAGCAGAAUGGAUCUUGGGACAGCAAUAGAUCCAGAUAAGCACAACCCACAAUAAGUGGAAGAGGCUGGUUUGUUUCAGUCUCUGUUGAACUGCCUGAUCUCACAAACAGCUCGCACAAACUUUUCUUUGUGAUUUCAUUAUUGGCCUUCAGUCUUCUUUUUGAAACUGUCACUUCCAGAAAGAGAAAUGAAAAAAGUUCAAAGUUAAGCACCUUUUUUAAGAGUAGGGGGCUGGCGGUUAUCACUGGGAGCUGUACGGUGCUGGGUUUAGGUGGGGAGUGGGACGGGCGGGGGUAGGCUAACAUGUCAUCAAAUUGUUGGGAGAUACGCCUUCAUAAUUCUGUGGUUUUUAGACUGAACACAGAUUCCAUAUGCAAGAUGGGGCGAUUUCAGAUAUUGAAAUACUGACAUUUCUAGGUGAACCCAAGCAUUUCUGUGCUACAACUGAUGUAGAGGGUAGGCUGACGAUAACUUUAAGCCUGGUUCCACCUUUGAAAAGAGAAAUAUUCCUGCGUUUUGUCUCAACUUUGAUGGUUAUGCACUUUUUACUAUAAACAACCACAUUGUUUGAAAGGUUGAGGGUUAUGUGUGUCAUCAUAAAUGCAGUUCUGCAUAUUCACAUUACAGUUGUUUUAGAUAGUGUCUGUUUAUCGGUGGGGCACAUAAUUGUAUAAAACUGUAGCAUUUAUUUCUCCUGUAGUAUGUCUGCAUUUUUUCUAGAACAUCCCACACUGUGCCAGGCACAGAUGAUUCUAGAAUUUCUAGAGAUGCGCCAUUCAAGUAACAUUGCACAGUAUGUAUUGGAACAUAUUUUAUCAUUUUUGAUUUAUUUCAAUGUGACCAUUUCAAUGUUUCAGUUUAAUCACUUUAGUGGCAAGGAUUGUAUUUUAGUGCCUGUCCUCUUUGUGGUUUUUUUUGAGGAAUGAUGUGUAAAAAAAUAAAUCUGCAUCCCGGUUAGAUUUGUUUAAAAAAAAAAAAAAAAAUGGGUACAGGAGAAUGAGGUUUCUCAGAAACUUAAAGAAAUUACAGUCCGGUUCUAGAUAACACGGGUUCAAUUUUCUUUUGUAUUUCGUCAAAAAACAAAACCCUGUUAAAUUUUUAUUUUUUUAUUUUAGGACUUGUAUUGUUUCCAUUUGAUGAUGCUUCUUCUGUUUUUAGCUCUCUAUACUGUGUGUUGGAUUUAUUAAAAAAAAAAAAAAAAGCCAAAAGGAGGGGCAUGAGGUAAGAUAACAAAUCAAAACGGAUGCUGAGCUACGUGUGGGUGUAACAAACUGGCUAUGAGCUUUGGUUUGUUGCCUUAUAUAUACCUGCGAAAUAUGUGAAACCAGCAGCCAUGUGAAAUCUAGUAAUUGAUACUUACUGAAGGUACCAUAUACUGAGUGUGUUUUGAAGUGCAAACCCACAGUGCUACAGACAUAUUCCUAGUGCCCUAACAUUCCUUAUCUUCAGUAGUCUUGCUGAAUAAUACAUGUACUUUGUACUUGUGCGUGUUAACACAUGUGGCAGGGGAAACGGAUAAGACUCCCACUGCACAGCAGUUUAAGCCAGUCCAUGUUUUACUGUAAGAUACACUUAUGGAAUAGUUUCCACUUGCUCAGACUAAUCAAGAUAAGCCUGAAACGGUUUAAACUGCGCUGCAACUGGAGCCCUUAUGUGCUACUGUGGUUGUACGUUUUAGAAACCCAAGAGGUUGAAUCACAGUCUCAUUUAAAUCCAAACAGCAAGACACGACAAAGGAAACCAUUGAAGCAGACGGGCCUGAUUUGAAUAGUCCUAUUUUUGUCUAAACGGAGUGACUGUGCAUUUGGUACAGUACAUUUUGAUUUUUUUUUUUUAAAUGUGUAUUUAGAAAUAAAGUAAAAAUCAUGAUCUGCACUAGGAAUGCGUGUCUGUGCAAAAGUGUAGCUCACAUCCCAAACAUUAUAAACAGCGAUUUGUUGCCAUUUAAAGUGAAUAGUAAGCACAGUUUUCUCCUUGAUUUACCUUCAUUGUGGUUCUUGUGCGUUGGUACAUUUGUUUUCAUAAUUGUAUAAAAAAAAAAAAAAAAAAAAAUUAAUAAAAUAUUUUUAUUUUCA